AUGGGCAACUUCACCGCCGAGAAUGCGCGCGGGCUGUUGAACCAGGCUCUCAAGAAGUGGAGGCAGAAGUCGGACAUGGACAUCCGGACCGAGGGGCCUCCCCACGCGCCAGUGUUCAGGGCGUCGCUGGGUUUCACGGUCCCCAGGCUCGGUAACAAGUGGAUCCAGAUGAGCCAUGUGACUUCCACCAAGAAAGAGGUGCAGAAGGAGCUGGCACUUAAGCUCUGCAGGAAACUCUUCGCCCUUGGCGCCAUCCCGAAGUUCGCAAGGAGCGUGACAAAGGUCGGGUCCCUGGAGGAGAGCCUGAAGGACUCCAAGUACCACGAGCAGGGUCUCUUCGGCCUCGGGCUUCCCCAGGGCCUCAAAGGCCGGCUGCGCACGUACCUGGAGGCGGCAGGCUACGAGGUGCCCCCCGCCGGCGGGGCGUACCCACCCGACACGGUCCUGUUCAGGGGUGACGAGAGCUCCGCCGCCGCGGUCGGCGAGGGCGCCAGGCAGGAGGUGCGGGCCGUGGACUGGGUGCCCCCGGGCUCCCCGGGCGCCUCGCCCUGGCCGGCGAGCAACGACCGCACGCGCUACGUCGCGGCCGACCCGUCCGCGGCGCAGAAGGCGGCCGAGCUGCCCGUGGCCAGGAGGCGCGGGGAGAUCGUGCAGACGGUGGCGUCGGCGCAGGUCACGGUCAUACAGGGCGCGACGGGCUCCGGGAAGACGACCCAGGUGCCGCAGUUCCUGCUCGACGCGGACGACGGCCUCCUGAAGACCAUCGUCGUCGUGCAGCCUCGGCGGCUCCCCGCCAUGACGGUGGCGCAGAGGGUGGCGGCGGAGCGGGGAGAGCCUCUGGGCGUCUCGGUGGGCUACGCCGUCCGCUUCGACGCGAUCUGGCCGAGCAGCGUCAACAGCAUAUGCUACAUGACCACCGGCCUGCUGCUCAAGCGCCUGCACCGGGGUGGCCUGGCGGGGAUCUCCCACGUCAUCGUCGACGAGGUCCACGAGCGGGACCUGAACAACGACCUGCUGCUCGCCGUGCUGCGGGCGGCGGCGUGCGAGCACUCGGGCCUGAAGGUGAUACUCAUGUCGGCCACGGACAAGGGCGCGGGCAACGCGAUGAACACCUGCGACCCUGGCCACUACUCCGCGAGCACGGUGCAGGUGCUGGGGGCGAUGUCCGAGCACAUGAUCCCCCUGGAGCUCGCGAGGGCCAUCCUGGGCCACGUGCUGAGCCGGCGGUCGGCGGAGGACACGGGCGGCGUGCUCAUAUUCUUGCCGACGUGGGGCAUGAUGAGCCUCAUGCUCAAGAUGUUGCAGGAGGAUCCGAGCAUCAACCAGGCUUGCAAGUUCGUGAUGCUUCAUUCGCAGGUGCCAAAGGAAGAGCAGCUCGUUGCGUUCCAGCCGCCCCCGCCAGGGCGCACCAAGGUGGUAAUCUCGACAAACAUUGCCGAGUCCUCGGUGACGAUCGACGACAUCUCCCUCGUGAUAGACUCCUGCAGGGUCAAGCUGAACUUCUUCUCGGUGGCAACUGGCCUCUCGCAUAACCAGGUCUCCUGGACCGGGCGGAUGAACAUGGAGCAGCGCAAGGGCCGCGCUGGCAGGACGAGGCCUGGGGUCUGCUACAGGCUCUGCAGCCGCCAUCGCUUCGAGGCUGGCCUCGAAGACGAGGUGCCUCCCGAGCUCACGCGCGCGCCGCUCACCGAGUCCGCCCUGCUGGUGAAGUCGCUGAACCUGGGCGACGUCGGGGCCGUUCUGUCGCAGUGCGUGGACCCCCCGCCGAAGGACGCCGUGGAUCAGGCGAUCGCCGAGCUCUGCUCCAUCGGGGCGAUGGACGAGAACCGGGAGCUCACGCCGCUGGGCCGCAUCGUGUCGCGGCUGCCAGUGAACCCGCACUUCGGCGUGGCGCUCAUGCUGGGGCAUUGGCUGUUCCGCCUGGGCGACGCGUUCGCCACCAUGUGCGCGGCCAUGUCGUUCGACGAGCCGUUCUUCACCGAGAAGACGGCGGGCUACCUGCCGUGGUCCAUCUCGGAGGCCUACGCCGGGAAGUACAAGAAGCACUCCGACCAGUUCCUGCUCGGCAUGGUCCACCAGGAGUACGCGCGGCUGCUGGACACGUCUGGCCAGGACGCGGCGCAGGGCUUCUGCAGGCAGCACAACCUGAACACGGUGAUCAUGCGGCAGGUCUACGACGCCUCCCGCCAGCUGAAGUCCCUGCUGACCAGCGAGGCGCUCGGCGCCCUGGCCCUCGAGGAGGCAGACGUGCCGCAGCCCGAGGACGACCUGGGCCAGGAGGCGGCGCCCGCGCCGGCCAGGCACGACGCCGUCAGGGACUGGGGGCCAGGACUGGCAGUGGGGGGCCCUGCAGCUGCUGUUGGCCAUCGCGCUGCCGCACCUUGGGGUGCACCAGGACGGGAAGCGCCACGUCUGGGUCUCCGAGGACACCCUGGGCGCCAUCCACAAGGCGUCGGUCAACUGCACGAAGGGCGACUACAAGUUCCCGUCGCCGAUAUUUACCUUCCUGGACCAGGUCAAGGAGAGGGCGGCUGGAAGCCCCCGAGGUGUCGGCAGAGCACCAACAUUCCGGCGCUGCUGGUCUUGUUGAGACCGUUUAGCUCAAGCAGUAUUACUGUCAACGAGGACCGACGGCAACGUCGUCAUAGCCGACUGGCUCGUGCUGGACGGCGCGCCUUCGGACACCAUCAGCAUCCCCGUUGCGCUCCGCCCUCCGGUGGCACCUGCAGGACCUGCUGUCCGUCUACGCGGGCGCCGCGGCGCAGGGCGGCGCCAGCGAGUUCAAGGAGGACAGCGCCGACCUGA